AUGCAAACAAGAAUUCGGCCGCUGAAAUGUCUCUGCUGUAGAAAUUUUCAAAUAUUUUCCAAACCCAAAGCUCAAACUCUCGUCCAAUUCAAGCAUAAUCAGUCUCUGGUUCUCAUUCAGCAGGAAUCAACGUCAAAUUUUCGAACUUUUCAUGAUGAAACUCGUGAGAUUCCAGAGUAUUGCAGCCAAGGCAAACACGAAUUUCUCCGAUCACCGGUACCAAGUAAGGACGAAUCCUCCGCCAUGGAUAGCAAAGCCCUCGAAGUCCAAACCCUUCUCAAGCAAAUCAACGGGCAAAAGUCCGUGAACGAAAUCGAACAAGCUCUCACUCUAUUAGGGCUUUCGUUAAACGAGGAUUUAGUGCUUAACGUUCUUCGCCGGCACCGUUCCGAUUGGAAAUCAGCUUAUUUAUUCUUUAACUGGGUAUCUAACUCAAGCGGGUACUCACCCGGAACAGGUUCCUACAAUGAAAUCCUCGACAUUUUAGGCCGAAUGAAGCGUUUCAAUGAAGUCACCCAACUGCUCGACGAAAUGUCUAAGAGAAAUAAGAGCCUAAUCAAUGAAAGAACGUACGGGAUUGUAGUAAACAGGUACGCAUCAGGACAUAUGAUAGAGGAAGCUACCAAUUUCUUCUACAAGAGAAUCGAAUUCGGUCUCCAACUCGAUCUAAUAGCUUUUCAAACUCUUCUACUCUCUCUAUGUCGAUACAAACACGUCGAAGCUGCAGAGUUUUUAUUCCACUCCAAGAAAAACGAGUUUCAGUUUCAUCACAACAUUAAAACCAUGAACAUCAUCCUCAACGGAUGGUGUGUUUUGGGUAGCUUACGUGAAGCAAAAAGAUUCUGGAACGACAUCGUUACAUCCAAACACAAACCAGAUAAGUUCACAUACUCCAUCUUCAUCAAUUCUUUAACCAAAUCAGGAAAGAUAAGCACAGCAGUUAAGCUCUUCCAAGCCAUGUGGGAAAAAGGUUGCACCCCGGAUGUAACUAUCUGCAACACCAUCAUCGACGGGUUGUGCUUCAAGAAACGAAUCCCUCAAGCUCUUGAAAUCUUCAAAGAAAUGAACGAAAGAGAAUGUUGCCCCAAUGUUUCGACUUACAACUCUUUGAUAAAACAUAUGUGUAAGAUUGGGAGAAUGGAUAAGGUCGAUGAGCUUUUGAGGGAGAUGAAGGAGAAAGGAGGGGAUUGUUCACCAAAUGAUAGGACGUAUGGGUACUUGUUAAACUCUGCAAAAACAGUUGAACAAGUUGUGGGGAUUAAAGAGGAUAUGGAGAGAAGUGGGGUGAAGAUGAUGAGUGAUGGGUAUAAUUUGAUGUUGAGGCUUUUUAUGGGGUGGGGUGAUGAAGAAAGGGUGACGUGGACAUGGAGGGAGAUGGAGAAGAGUGGGGUGGGGCCUGAUCAGAGGUCGUAUACUGUAAUGGUGCAUGGGCUUUAUGAAAAGGGGAAGAUGGAGGAAGCUUUGGUAUAUUAUAAUAUGAUGGUGUCGAAGGGAAUGGUUUCGGAGCCAAGAACGAAGGUUUUAGUUCAAGCUAUUAAUAUUAAGUUGAAAGAGGGAGGACUUGAAACCAAAGCAUAG